GUUUCAUUGUGUCACUAUGAAACACUAAGCCCACGGUGCCCAGAUCUCGAUUUCCUUCCUCAUUUUACUUUCGUUACAACUACCUCGAACUUAAAAUGCACCGAAAAACCCAAGUGUCUAUCGCCUUCCAUUCUUCCAAGGCAGCUCAUCACUCUCGGUGUCUUCAAUGAUCUUGCCGUCUAGUGGAAGGUGCAACCAAGCCACUGUCAACAUCCUGUACUGUCAAUGUCAAUGGUUCUUCCCUCCCGAGUCCCCCUUGCUAGACCAGGUAGACUCUCAUUUGCCUUCAUCCAUAUUCUCGUGUUCAUGCUCCCAGAACAUCUGCGGUCUCUGUGGACACGGUAUUCACGCCCAUGUAGACUAUGUUUCAACGGUCGUCAAUCAUUAUCCCGCGAAUCAAUGCGCCGCGUACGUCCAAAAGACGCCUCUGACACAACGUUGCACCUGUGAAGCGCAGUUUUACGAGCACGUUGCUAUUUAUAACUCGUAUCGUUUCCCGGAGCCAUGGACUGUUUUUGACUUGUUCGGUCAGCGCAAUAACAGCUCUUCUCUCAGUACCACGAGCAGCUACUACUCCAACGGCGCUAACGCCACCAUUCCCUUUACUCCCACACCCGUUUCCUCUCCUUCUUCCAGUAGCAUCUCGUCUGCUUUUCAACCGGAUACUACCCAGAACUUCCCGGGAGGCUAUAGCUCAGACGGCUACUUCAUUCAGUAUCCAGACCAUUUCAUUAGCUCACCUUAUGCUGGAAUGCUGGUCUGCCAGAGGGUAACGCAACGAACGGGAGUUUCGAAUACCAGGAUUACGGGAACCCGACGUAUGCUUCCUCCCCUGAAUCCUGGUCAGGCUCACACGGCGCUUGAUCCAUGUUAAAGACACCGUAAUUCGUGUCUUCUCCCUUUCCUCCCUCACGGUGUCGGGAUCGUUUCAUCGAUUCCUCAUUGUUGCUAUGCUUCUAUUUCUAUGCCACCGAUUUAGCUCGAUCCCAGUUCUAUUUCUGGCGAUCGAUUAUAUGCACUCCGCUUUCCGUUUCUUUUCUUUUCUCCCCACUCGGAUCUUCCCUCACCAAU